AUGUAUGGAGAGGAAUCUAUCACUCAUAUACUCAUUAAGUGCACCUUUGCGAGGAGUGUUUGGAAUGCUAUAUCUCAAGAUAUUUCUCAAGAAUUAGACAGUGUUCAAGACAUAAAGCACUGGGUAAAAUCUUGGAGUAAUACAGAUUUAAGCAUAAACUUCAAGAAGCAGACAACCAUUAAUCUCAUUGUGAUGACUCUGCGGUUUACAUGGAAGGCAAGAUGUGAACUGGUGUUCGACAACAAAAGAAGCUCUAUUAAUAGCCUAACACACAGAAUUAGAGAUUAUUGCAAGGAAAAUAAAAUUCAAACUAACAAUCAUCUAAACCAGUUGCAGGUGUUAUGUAGUAAUCCUAAUAUAACUGAAAGAAGCAGAACUAACAUAAACAGAUGGAACCCUCCCCAAAGAGGAUGGCUAAAAAUCAAUAUUGAUGCUUCUGUUCUACCUGGUAGUAAUAUUGCUGGAAUUGUUCUAAUUAUCAAAGAUUUUGCAGGUCAAUUGGUGGAAGCCUGGACAAUGGUAGAAAGAGCAGGGGAUAUUGCCCAAGCAGAAGCUGUUGCAGCCUUAAAAGCUCUCCAAUGGAUAUAUCAGCUUCAACUGAAGAAUGUUAUAGUGGAAGGUGAUAACAAAAAAGUUAUGGACAACAUAAAUGGUCAUUGCAAUAUCUUUCCUUGGGAAGAUGGUAAUUAUUAG